CGGCGCGGGUGGAGGCGCGGGGGGCGGUGCCUCCUGGGCCCGGCUCCCCACGCCCGCGCUCCGCUCCACACGUCCCUGCGAUCCCGAACUCCGGCUCUUGGCGACUGCCGAAUCGGGGCCCGGCCCUCGGCGCGCCGGGACUGCGGCUGUAGCCGCUUGGAGUGUGCGCGCGGGCACGUGUGCGCGGCCCCGAGAGCGCGCGCGUAGAGCCCCCAGUGUGUGGCGGCGGCGGCGCGGUGAGGCUGAGGUUCUUGUUUACCAGCAUUAACUCCGCUGAGCGGAAAAAAAGGAGGAGGGGGAACCGAGGAGGAGCGAGCGCACCGGGCGAACUCGAGAGAGGCGAGCGACAGGGAAGCCGCCAGCGAGCCUAUCCCGGCGCGCCCGGCGCUCGCAGACCCUCGGCCCCGCUCCUUGGACCCUCCACGCCUCUCCCGUGCCUGCAAGAGCUCCACGGCACGCGGCGUGCUCGGCUUUGACCUUCAGCGAGCCGGAGCCCCCGCGCACGGAGUCGGCGGCGGGCGGGGGCCGACGCGGGGCGGCGGGAGCGCUGAGCGCUGCGCGGCCGCCGCUUUGUGUGUCCUGGAUUUGGAUUUGGGAAGGAGCUCGCGGCGGCGGCGCUGAGGGAGGAGGCGGCGGCGAGCGGAGCCCAGAGGAGGAGGAGGAGCCGGAGGAGGGGGAACCGCUCAUUCAUUUCCACUCAGCAUUUCUGCCCCUCGCCGGCCUCGCCCGCGCCCGGGACUUCGGACCAGUCUCGCCAACUGCGUCGGGCUCUCCCGCCGCGUAGGCUCGGGUGGUCGUUCCCUCCGGGAAUCGGGGGCGUUUGUCCCCGCCUGCGGCGAUUUGGGCUUUGCUCCUCUUUCUGUACAGUUUUCCUCCCUCUUCUGCAUCUCUGGGUUUGCAAAUGGAGGCCGACGACACCGACAGCCCGCCCCGGCGCGCCCCGGCUUCCCUACUCCGCCGCCCCGUGGGCCGCUGCUGCCGGCGCUGAGGGGCCGCCCCGCGCCACCCUCCCUGUCCACGCCGCUUUCCGAGGAUCUUCGCUCUUGUUUUUGGACGAGAGUGAGGACUGAGUUGAAGACUUUUUUCUUUUUUUUUUCUUUUCUUUUCUUUUCUUUUCUUUUUUUUUUUGAGAAAAGGGAAUUUUGUCCCAAAUAAAAGGAAUGAAGUCUGGCUCCGGAGGAGGGUCCCCGACCUCGCUGUGGGGGCUCGUGUUUCUCUCCGCCGCGCUCUCGCUCUGGCCGACGAGUGGAGAAAUUUGUGGGCCCGGCAUUGACAUCCGCAACGACUAUCAGCAGCUGAAGCGCCUGGAAAACUGCACGGUGAUCGAGGGCUUCCUCCACAUCCUGCUCAUCUCCAAGGCCGAGGACUACCGAAGCUACCGCUUCCCCAAGCUCACGGUCAUCACCGAGUACUUGCUGCUGUUUCGAGUGGCCGGCCUCGAGAGCCUGGGAGACCUCUUCCCGAACCUCACAGUCAUCCGUGGCUGGAAACUCUUCUACAAUUACGCACUGGUCAUCUUCGAGAUGACCAAUCUCAAGGAUAUUGGGCUUUAUAAUCUGAGGAACAUUACUCGGGGGGCCAUCAGGAUUGAGAAAAACGCUGACCUCUGUUACCUCUCCACCAUAGACUGGUCUCUCAUCUUGGAUGCGGUGUCCAAUAACUACAUUGUGGGGAACAAGCCCCCAAAGGAAUGUGGGGACCUGUGUCCAGGGACCUUGGAGGAGAAGCCCAUGUGUGAGAAGACCACCAUCAACAAUGAGUACAACUACCGCUGCUGGACCACAAAUCGCUGCCAGAAAAUGUGCCCAAGUGUGUGUGGGAAGCGAGCCUGCACCGAGAACAAUGAGUGCUGCCACCCGGAGUGCCUAGGCAGCUGCCACACACCGGACGACAACACAACCUGCGUGGCCUGCCGACACUACUACUACAAAGGCGUGUGCGUGCCUGCCUGCCCGCCUGGCACCUACAGGUUCGAGGGCUGGCGCUGUGUGGACCGGGAUUUCUGCGCCAACAUCCCCAACGCCGAGAGCAGUGACUCAGAUGGCUUCGUCAUCCACGAUGGCGAGUGCAUGCAGGAGUGUCCAUCAGGCUUCAUCCGCAACAGCACCCAGAGCAUGUACUGUAUCCCCUGUGAAGGCCCCUGCCCCAAGGUCUGCGGCGAUGAAGAAAAGAAAACGAAAACCAUCGAUUCUGUGACGUCUGCCCAGAUGCUCCAAGGGUGCACCAUUUUGAAGGGCAAUCUGCUUAUUAACAUCCGGCGAGGCAAUAACAUUGCCUCGGAAUUGGAGAACUUCAUGGGGCUCAUCGAGGUGGUGACUGGCUACGUGAAGAUCCGCCAUUCCCAUGCCUUGGUCUCCUUGUCCUUCCUGAAGAACCUUCGUCUCAUCUUAGGAGAGGAGCAGCUAGAAGGGAACUACUCCUUCUAUGUCCUGGACAACCAGAACUUGCAGCAGCUGUGGGACUGGAACCACCGGAACCUGACCGUCAGGUCAGGGAAAAUGUACUUCGCUUUCAAUCCCAAGCUGUGUGUCUCUGAAAUUUACCGGAUGGAGGAGGUGACAGGAACAAAGGGACGGCAGAGCAAAGGAGACAUAAACACCAGGAACAACGGAGAGCGAGCUUCCUGUGAAAGUGAUGUUCUCCGUUUCACCUCCACCACCACCUGGAAGAACCGCAUCAUCAUAACGUGGCACCGGUACCGGCCGCCGGACUACCGGGAUCUCAUCAGUUUCACAGUCUACUACAAGGAGGCACCCUUUAAAAACGUCACGGAAUACGACGGGCAGGAUGCCUGUGGCUCCAACAGCUGGAACAUGGUGGACGUGGACCUGCCUCCGAACAAGGAGGGGGAGCCUGGCAUUUUGCUGCAUGGGCUGAAGCCCUGGACCCAGUAUGCAGUCUAUGUCAAGGCUGUGACCCUCACCAUGGUGGAAAACGACCACAUCCGUGGGGCCAAAAGUGAAAUCUUGUACAUUCGCACCAACGCUUCAGUUCCUUCCAUUCCUCUAGAUGUCCUCUCGGCAUCAAACUCCUCCUCUCAGCUGAUCGUGAAGUGGAACCCCCCAACUCUGCCCAAUGGUAACUUGAGUUACUACAUUGUGAGGUGGCAGCGGCAGCCGCAGGAUGGCUAUCUGUUCCGGCACAACUACUGCUCCAAAGCAGACAAAAUACCCAUCAGAAAGUACGCCGAUGGUACCAUCGAUGUGGAGGAGGUGACAGAAAAUCCCAAGACAGAAGUGUGCGGUGGUGAUAAAGGGCCGUGCUGUGCCUGUCCUAAAACCGAAGCUGAGAAGCAGGCUGAGAAGGAGGAGGCUGAGUACCGUAAAGUCUUUGAGAAUUUCCUUCACAACUCCAUCUUUGUGCCCAGACCUGAGAGGAGGCGGAGAGAUGUCCUGCAGGUGGCUAACACCACCAUGUCCAGCCGAAGCAGGAACACCACGGUAGCUGACACCUACAAUAUCACAGACCCGGAAGAGUUCGAGACAGAAUACCCUUUCUUUGAGAGCAGAGUGGAUAACAAGGAGAGGACUGUCAUUUCCAACCUCCGGCCUUUCACUCUGUACCGUAUCGAUAUCCACAGCUGCAACCACGAGGCUGAGAAGCUGGGCUGCAGCGCCUCCAACUUUGUCUUUGCAAGAACCAUGCCAGCAGAAGGAGCAGAUGACAUUCCUGGCCCAGUGACCUGGGAGCCAAGACCUGAAAACUCCAUCUUUUUAAAGUGGCCAGAACCCGAGAACCCCAACGGAUUGAUUCUAAUGUAUGAAAUAAAAUACGGAUCGCAAGUCGAGGAUCAGCGGGAAUGUGUGUCCAGACAGGAGUACAGGAAGUAUGGAGGGGCCAAACUUAACCGUCUAAACCCAGGGAACUAUACGGCCCGGAUUCAGGCUACCUCCCUCUCUGGGAAUGGGUCGUGGACAGAUCCUGUGUUCUUCUAUGUCCCAGCCAAAACAACGUAUGAGAAUUUCAUGCAUCUGAUCAUUGCUCUGCCGGUUGCCAUCCUGCUGAUUGUGGGGGGCCUGGUAAUCAUGCUGUAUGUCUUCCAUAGAAAGAGGAAUAACAGCAGAUUGGGCAACGGGGUGCUGUACGCCUCUGUGAACCCCGAGUAUUUCAGCGCAGCUGAUGUGUACGUGCCUGAUGAAUGGGAGGUAGCUCGGGAGAAGAUCACCAUGAACCGGGAGCUCGGACAAGGGUCCUUCGGGAUGGUCUAUGAAGGAGUGGCCAAGGGCGUGGUCAAGGACGAGCCUGAAACCAGAGUGGCCAUCAAGACAGUGAAUGAGGCUGCAAGUAUGCGUGAGAGAAUUGAGUUUCUCAACGAGGCCUCAGUGAUGAAGGAGUUCAACUGUCACCAUGUGGUCCGGUUGCUGGGUGUAGUAUCCCAAGGCCAGCCCACCCUGGUCAUCAUGGAACUAAUGACACGUGGCGAUCUCAAAAGUUAUCUCCGGUCUCUAAGGCCAGAGGUGGAGCAGAAUAAUCUAGUCCUGAUUCCUCCGAGCUUAAGCAAGAUGAUCCAGAUGGCUGGAGAGAUUGCAGAUGGCAUGGCCUACCUCAAUGCCAACAAGUUCGUCCACAGAGACCUGGCUGCUCGGAACUGCAUGGUAGCUGAAGAUUUCACAGUCAAAAUUGGAGAUUUUGGUAUGACACGAGACAUCUACGAGACGGACUACUACCGGAAAGGCGGGAAGGGCUUGCUGCCUGUGCGCUGGAUGUCUCCCGAGUCCCUCAAGGAUGGCGUCUUCACCACUCAUUCCGAUGUCUGGUCCUUUGGGGUCGUCCUCUGGGAGAUCGCCACUCUGGCUGAGCAGCCGUACCAGGGCCUGUCCAACGAGCAAGUUCUUCGUUUCGUCAUGGAGGGCGGCCUUCUGGACAAGCCGGAUAACUGCCCCGAUAUGCUGUUUGAACUUAUGCGCAUGUGCUGGCAGUACAACCCCAAGAUGCGGCCCUCCUUCCUGGAGAUCAUCGGAAGCAUCAAGGAUGAGAUGGAGCCCAGUUUCCAGGAGGUCUCCUUCUACUACAGCGAGGAGAACAAGCCUCCAGAGCCGGAGGAGCUGGAGAUGGAGCUGGAGCUGGAGCCCGAGAACAUGGAGAGCGUCCCGCUGGACCCUUCGGCCUCCUCAGCCUCCCUGCCUCUGCCUGAAAGACACUCAGGACACAAGGCUGAGAACGGCCCUGGCGUGCUGGUUCUCCGUGCCAGUUUUGAUGAGAGACAGCCUUACGCUCACAUGAAUGGGGGACGCGCCAACGAGAGGGCCUUGCCUCUGCCCCAGUCCUCAACCUGCUGAUCCUCGGACCCCGAAGCACGUGCAAACAGUAACGUGUGUGUGUGUGUGCGUGCGUGCGUGUGUGCUCACUCGGUGGGCGGAGGGGGGAGCAGGUUGUAACAAUCUAUUCACAAGCCUCCUGUAUCUCAGUGGAUCUUCAGAACUGCCCUUGCUGCCCACGGGAGUCGGCUUCUCUGCAGUAAACACACUUGGGACCUUCCUUUUUUCAAUAUGCAAGCAGCUUUUUUUAUUUCCCUACCCAAACCCUUAACUGACAUGGGCCUCUGCAAACCUUAAUGACAGCUCUUAAUAGCAACAGGACACUCGAGAAUUGAGUCUCCUCAUUCUCUGCCUUUUCUCUCUUCUGCCUUCCCUCUCUCUCCUCUCCCUUCCCACUUCCAGGCUCUCCUCUCUUUUCUCCGCUUCCCAGUGGAAAGCCCAGCGGGGAAGCCUUUAUUUAUUUUUUUUUAAAUCAAAUUGACUUAAUGGCUGCCCUGGGGCUCCUCAUCACACCUGCCUGACACCAUAGGUCUUUACAAAAAAGAAAGGAAAAAAAAAAAAAAGGAAAAAAAAAAUCACACACUGAGAUGGAAUUUUUUUAACUGUACCUUUAACCUUUUUUAGGGUCAUCCAAAAAUUUAAAAGGGCCAUUGUUCAUCUGUGGUUAUCAUUUUCACGCUGCCAUUUUUGCCAAAAUCCUGUCUUCGGUUUGGUUUCUCUCUCACAUGCGUGUUCUCCCUGCGCUGAUUUCCUUUUGUCCAGAGGCAUGGGAAGAAACGUGGAGUCUGGUUGAUAAUACCACUUGCGAGACACGCCGUCAUCGAGGCCUCCACUGUGCCCGGUGUGCUCUCCUAGCCCACGUCCCCUGGGUCUGUUUAGGAGAACUGGACAAGAUGGAAUCCGCCCUCCUUGAAGAAGGGGAAAGUGGAACUGGUUCUCGACCCCUACCCCACCCACAGCCCCCCAAGAUUUCUGGAGGAAAUGGCCAUGGGCAAGGCUGAAGGUCAGGUUGUGGGUCAAGGUGGUCCUCAUACCAGCCUCGUCCCCCUUCCCAGCCUCCCUCCUGGCAUCCCCGAAGGCCACAAGAUGUAAAAGGGUUGCAGGGACUCGGCCCAGGUACUGGUCCAGAUGUGUGAGGAAGGGACUCAGACACACAGCAGUAUGGAGCAGCCCAGGCAGUGGCUCCCAGCAGUCUACGCUUUGACAUGGUCUGUUACUAGGACUUCUUCAUGGGUCUCUCAGUUCUAUGUUAGACCCUGAAACAUUUGCAUACGCAUCGUCUUUAAUGUCAGUUUUAUAACUUUUUUACAGUUCAGAUAUACAUCUAUACGUCUGUACAGGAAAAAAAAAGCUGCUAUUUUUUUUUUUGUUGUUGUUGUUCUUUAUCUUUGUGGAUUUAAUCUAUGAAACUUUCAGGUCUACCCUUCUUCCUUUCCAAGCUCACUCCAAGAAACUCCCUAUGCUUACUAGAGUGUGGUUUUUCUUCCUCUUCUCCCGCAACUGAUGCUUCUAGGACAUAAUUUGCCAUGAACUGUUUGAUGCCUUUUUAUAAAUAUAUCUCCCUUCCCCUGCUCCCUGAAGCCCCGUUCAUUAUCCUCUAACCCAUAGGCUCUGUGAGCACAGUCGCUGUUAAGGGAGUGGGGAGGAUGGGAGGCCAGAGCCCACGUACUCCUGGGCCCUGCUCUCUCUUUUCUGCACCUCCCGGCACACAGCGUUGGAGUCUGUUACAGUACAUGGCAUGCCACAAACUCAGGUCAGAAACAACAUGGUUAAAAAAUCUCACACAUCCUGGUUUAGUGUUUCCAGUCCCCACUGUUGAAAGUCACACUUUGCUUUCUCUCUUUGCUUUGAUUGACACACACACACACAUACAACACACACACACACAUACAACACACACACACACAUACAACACACACACACACACACAUCAAUUUUGGGAUACAAUAGCAGUUUUAACUGCAGACGGUAGUCAUUGGAUUAUUUUUGUUUUAAAAUGAAUAUUUGAUCUUCUACAAAAAAACAAAACAGAAAACAGCUGCUGAGUCCCCAGGGCACAGCAGAGCUGGCCCAGUGGCCCAUCGGCCACCUUGCCAUCUCCUUCACUAGACUGACCCACCUGUCUUUAGAACCAACAUGUCUGAAGGGGUGGCCUCCACAUGAAGUGGGUGUAAGGCACCAACACCCCAUGGCCAGGAACAGCAACUUCAACUUCUGUGGGUUCUAAAGCCCACUCCUGGGUCAGAAGGCCCAAGUGACAGGAGGAGCAGAGAUGACCCUGCGGUGGCCCUAGGGCCCUUUGCUGUUCCUCCUUAACCAGAAUCCCAGCUCUCUGGGCCUGUGGGUCCUGCUCUGUUUAGUUUUUAGCACUUCUUACCAGAGUAGUGACAGCAUGAGAGACACUUCUGGGUGGGAAUAUUUAAAUCAGGAGUAAAAGAAACGUUGGAAGAUGAUGAUUGCAGUUGUGACUGGAGAUUAGACACAGAAAAGAAAGCGUGGAGCUCCGGGCUUGUCUGCAUUUUCAGGCUCACGGCUCUCCCUAGCGUCUGCCCCACGGUGUUUCCCCGUAACAGAAAUAGAGAAAAGGAGGAGGGGGAAAAGCUUAUGAAGAAGGUAUUUCAUGUAGGAGUUGUAAUUUAUUUUGUGAUGCCUGUUUUAAUCACUGUAGAGAAGCCCCCCAUUAUGAAUUUAAAUGCUAAGGAAAAGGUGUAUGUAUCUCUGUGUAUGUGUGUAUUAGAUGGGACAGUUUUUGUUUUGGGGGGUGUUUUGUUUUUCAAACAUUUAUCUACCUCACUCUUGUUUUUCGUGUGUGUGUGUGUGUGUGUGUGUGUGUGUGUGUGUGUGUGUGUGUGUGUGUGUGUAAAAUACAUCUCACACUUCUCAGUACCUGACAGUAGGCCAAUGACACUGGUAACCUCAUCCACUCUAUAGGCCACAUACCCAGGGGAAGCAGAGGGGCUAGGCUGGAUUCUGGGGUCAAAGCAACACUAACUCAAAUCAGCCUCUUCCCGAUCUAUCCCCAAAAGCCCACCUUUCCUAGGGCAACUUUGGUCUUUCACCUCACCUGAUUCCCUACUUUGAACCCAGCAACCACCAUGAGCACAGAGCAUGCCAGUGGAGGGGGUCACCUGCCCAUCUCAGCUGGCUGACUUUGGAACAGAACUUUAUACAGAUUGAAUGACUGACAGAUUCUAUCCCUAAGAGAGCAGGUACUCCCAGGUUUUGAGGGCAGGAGGCACCCACACAUAGGUUGUCUGAGAGUCCCAAUGUGUGCACAUGUAAGGGUGCCCUGUUGGCCCCUCAGCUGCUCCUCUGAGACCUGCACCCGCGGCAGGGGCAUGCCACCAUUGCUCUCUUUGCAUCAGUUCCUCUUAGAGGUACAACAGUCAGGGAGCUCUCCUCUCACCCUCUGCUUCUGACAGAAGGCCAGUAUAAUAAAGGGGGCAAGACAAAGCCUGCGCCCCCUGCAGGCUGCUGUCCUUCCCUCCUCCUCCCCCCUCACCCCGCCCCCCCAGGGCUAAACAAGGACUGACCAAAUCUUGAGGCUGGAAGGCCAGUGGUUGGCACCUAGCCUUCCCUGUGCUCUGCCUCUGUCCACCCCAUCCAUCUGCUGCUCACGGGUGGACAGUGCACUCCUCAACUCCAGCAGCUGCUCUCACAGGCCCUGGGGACUUUAGCUGAGAAACAUGGUGGCUGAUCUUUUCCCCACAGUGUGGAGAACUGCCUAACAGUUCAGUUAAGCUCAGGGGCCUUUGCCUCCUGCCAGAAUGCUGCCUUCUCUGGGUUCCAAGAUGCUCACAGGGUCACUGGGAGAAACUGUUUGAUCAGGGUUUUCUUCUACACUGUGGGUGACUUCUCUGGUAUAGUGGCCUCUCCUCUCUUGCACAUACCUGCCGGUUUUCCACAACUGGAUUUCUACAGCUCACUCAAUUGAUUUUUAAGGAUUUUUCUUUUUCUUAUUUUUAAAACUGUCCGAGUUGUUGGUGUCCUUUUGUUUUGCGUGGGUGUUUUGUUUUUUUUUUUUUCUUUAAGUAGAGAGACGGCACUAACGGUGUAGUGUCCAUCAUAGCAAAUGCUCCAAAAAUACUUCAGUAAAAGAAAAAGUCAGCUUGUGUGAGGGUGCAGUCAUCCUGCUGGAUCGACCCACCCUGACCGUUGCAAGGCAUCAUAUCCACAGUUCUAGCCUGAUCUCACGCUGGUGUUCCCCGCCUCUUCCUGAUUUUUCUCCUUAUGUGCUUCAAGUAAUCUUUCCAAGCUGAGUUGUGGCCUUUUUCACGCACCCCCCUCCUCUGAUAGGAGCUCACACUGCUUGAAGUAACACGAACCACUGAGGCACAGCAUGCAGGCGACGCAAGUGUUCAGGUGUUCCCCACACACACACAACCCUUCCUGAAUCGCGGAGUCGAACCUGAGCUGUGCGAGGCCCACGCUUCCCCCACCUCCUUUCAGGAAUGCCCUAACAUUGGAUUCAUAGUUGGGGAUGAGGCUUCCUCCUUGAGAUAUAAAAGACUGUUCAAGGCCAUCACUGGUCUCUCCUGCCUGCCUGUUUUCUUUAGGACUCGGGACAAUUCAAUGGUGGGAAAAGCAGCUUCAUAAAACAGAAGGGUGAUCAUCGUGGGAUGAGCAGAUGGCGGAGUGGUACACGGGAGUGUUUCUAGGGGGCCUGACAGAUGAGCUCUGUCUGUGUGAUGCCAGUUGUAAGUCUGAGCUCCCGGAGCCUGGCCCUUAGGAGCCCACCUAUGUUGGCAAUGGCCGUACCUGAGGCAAGCAAGUGGUGCUGGCAAGGUCACGCUGAGCUCACAUGGGUGAGAAGUCCGGGAUGCUUACCCAAGGUCCUCAGUUGUCGUUGUUGGGUCCUCUUGAGAGUGGCCACACAGUGCUAAAGGCAACUCCCUUCUUAAACAUUGGCAUCCUGCAGGAGACAGGACCACCCCAUCCCAGUGCUUCAGCCCAUUUUAGCAGUAAUGAAUUUACGGUUUGGAUUCUUUUGUUUUGUUUUUAAUGUUACUUUUAUGUCUGUCUGAUGCCUUUUCAUUUCCUGGGCUAAGCAGUUGCAUUGGGAAACCUGGACCAGAGAGAUUCACUCCUUAAGAACCAGUGAUGGUCAAAUCUUAUCACUCCACUUUGAAGUAGGUGGAGGUUCAAAUGAGAACUUCAAGACAGGAUGUUUGUUUAAAAUUGAACCCCUCUUGCCAGAGAUGCUGAAGUUACAGACCUUGGACAGGCCAGGGGUCUUUGCUUUGGGUCUCCAACUUGGAUGGCCAGUUGGCAAUUUAGAGGGACGAACAUUCUGUGAUGGGAUGGCAGAGUGAUUGAGGGUGCAGUAGGAAACUAUGGUAACCGGCAUCAUGACGAGACAGGAAUUGCUGACAGAGGGGUAAAGGGCCUGGAAGAAGCAUGGACCACAUCUGGACCUGAUGGUUCCUGAAGGUGUCAGGACCACACGGAGGCUGUGGAGUCAUCUGUGGGCUUUUGGUGUCAGAUAAGAAACUCGGCAUCCUGCUCUGGGGACUUCUCCAAGAGCUAAGCCACAUGCUGAAGAACUCGGACGCCAUCACGCUCAUCAGAUGAGUGGUCAGUCUGGGGCAUGACGUUAGGGAUUUGAUUUCUCUUAUUUCUGUGAGAGCUUCAUAAUCACUGAUUUGUGUGUCCACAUUUGUGUCCGCAUCUUUCCAUUACUCAUUAUCGUGUCCAAUAGGGCUUCUAAGUCCAGUAGAUUACGGGUAGUCGUUGACGAAGAUCUGGUUUACAAGAACUAAUUAAAUGUUUCAUUGCAUUUUUGUAAGAACAUAGAAUAAUUUUAUAAAAUGUUUGUAGUUUAUAAUUGCCGAAAUAAUUUAAAAACACCUUUUUUUCCUCUCCGUGUGCAAAAAAAUAUGUGUUUGUGGUCUUUUUUUUUCCCUUUGUUUUCUUUUUUCUUUUUCUUUUCUUUGUUUUUUUUUUUGACACUUGUUUACUAGCUAGCUUUACAAUAUGCCAAAAAUAAAAAAUAAAAAAUUUUUAAAAAAUUAAUUAAUUAAAAAAAUUCUCCCCGGGACCCAAAUUGUGGUUCGCCCCUUUCCCAUAUGCUUUCUGCUCUAGUUUGUAAAAAAUAAAAAUUUUUAAAAAAAAUUAAAACAAAACAAAAAAAAAGACAAAAGGAAUGCCAGUGGUUUAAAAAGUACUUCUGAAUUCUUCAGUAUCUUGGUCUUGGAACCCUGUGCUGGGGAAUGGAAUUAUCUGUUACUUACUGUUCCCGGUGGAGUAUAGCCGCCUAAACAGAUAGAACGAACCAAGAAUCUCGCUGGCCAUGGAAGUAGUGGGUGUGUUGCCACCCAGCAAGAGAUGGCACUCACUGGUGACAUCUGGCUGGUGUGGCUGAUUCUAGUCUUGCAACACGGUGGAGAUGGGAGGGUUUCAGGACACUUGAGAGGCUUCACAGUGGUCACAUGAUUCUGUUGUGCAGGCCAUGGGCACAUGUGCCUCAGGCCCUAAUGAAAGCUGUGCCUACCUGUAUUUAAUGCCGAACGCUGAAGGUCCAUUUUUUUUUUAACCAAUACAGAACAAACUGGUAACAAAAACCACAGCGUGUGCCCCCUCAUCCCCCCCCCCUGUUUUUUAGAAUUAAAAUCCAUGUCCUUUGGCUCCCUGUGCAUUAUUGGCCGUGUCUCUAUGGUUCCACAAGACACCGUUGUUGAGAACAUCUGGAACUUUCUAACACUACAGGAGAAAGGUCUAGGAACCGUCGGUGGGUUUGGUAUGGUUUUUUCAGUUUCUUGUGGAUUUCAGGCAGUGUGCAGACACAGUACCCAGGCACGGGUGCCUGCCGGUGGCAUCCCCUGUCUGCUUCCUAAGCCAGUGAGGUUGAGGUGAGAACUUUGCCAGAGCUUAUCUACCUCUGGGAUUUUAAAAAAUAAUAAAUAAAUAAAGUCAAAUCAGAAAGCGGGACGGAACAGAUGCAUCGUCAAUAAUGCAUUUCUGAGUUUUCUUGUUAAAUUUUUUCUUAAAAAAGAAAAAAAAGUCUAAAAAAGAUAAAUAUGGCCAAUUUGUUACAUAAAAUAACUUUCUGUGUGUAAAUUAUUCCUAAAAAAAAAAAAACCCUCUGUUUAUAUAUAAAAAAAAAUCAGUAGAUGAAAAAAAAUUCAAUGUUUUUGUAUAUUCUGUUGUAAGAAUUUAUUCCUGUUGCGGCAACAUACUCGGGACUCUUUACAUUAUGAAAAAAAGAAACUUUGUCUAUUUUGAAUGGCUGAAGCUAAGGCCACUUGAGUCUAUUACUCUGCUUUUUUCUAGUAGUUAAAGUACCACAUGAAUUAAGUUAAAUAAAAGAAUUCUGUAUGCA